AUGACUGCUGCGGCCAUACAUUCUUACUACCACUCCCCGAGGAGCAUCUGGAUCAGCAAGCUGGUCUUCCGCAUCUUUUCGGUAGUCUUCUGUAUUGCCGUAAUUGCGCUUUGCGCUGUGUUGGACACUUCUUUCAGUGGUGCGGCGAGCGCAGUGCUGGUCCCUCAAGCAGUCGUCACCUUUUUCAUGGGGAAUGCAGACAUCAUUUGCAUUCUUCGACGGCCUGGCCGCUUUGGAGUCAACCCUAUCGCCUGUAUUGUGGUCGAACUAUUGUUAGUUGGAGGCUAUAUCGUGGGGACAAUCGCAUUCGUCUAUUCGUCAACACGAUCAUACUACAAUUCUGAUGAUUACGGGAGGCUAGCAAACGAUCUGAAGAUUGCCGGGGUUACCAUGGGCGGUAUCGUAUUGGCAGCUCACUUUGCUCUCUUCGUCAUUGCUUGCUACGAAACCGACCUUCGAUACCGUCUCCAGCCAAAAGCUAAAGCGAAGGGCGAGGCUGCCGUGGCAGAACAGGGAUUGGUUCUCUGCUAUAACUGUCGACAACCAGUUAAUUCUCCAAUGUACAAGGAGCCUGAAUCCCCGUCAUUGGAUGAGAAGUCUCCUGAGGCUUAUGGUCGGCUGUAA